AGAGAAGAUGUCCUUUCAAGUUCAGCCACAGGCACAGCCACAGCAGCCAGUUCAGGUGUACCCUGCCACUGUCACCACCCAGCCACCUUCCCAUCAUUCCAAUGGUUCCUUUGGGACUGUUUUCAUUGUGCUGGCUGUGAUUUUGGUCAUUUCUCUUCUUGCUUGCUUUCUCGGCCGCCUCUGCAGCCGCCGCCGCCACCCUGAGAGCUACGGUGGUGGUCAUCAUGGCCAUAAACCAUACAAGCAGCAAAACAUGAACCAGAACCCGAACCCGAGCCAGAACUACCAGUUCCGACCCCAAGAAGGUGAUGUUGAGCUUGGGUUUGACAAGAGGAUCCCAACUACCAAACCCAACGGGCACGGUAACGGGCCCGGUCCUGGACUUGGGUAUGGAUCCCAAGGAUCAAAGCCACCUUUCUACGGUGGAAACGGAGGCAACGGUGAUGUUAAUGGUGAAGAGAAGGGAUUUGAGAUGAGGAAUGGAAGAGAAGGUAGUAUGAGAGAGCAGGGGCAUGGGCCUCGGCCUGGACUUGGGUAUGGAGGCCGAGGUCCGAGGCCACUUGUCUAUGGCGGCGGCAGAGGAGGCAACGGUGGUGCUGGUGGCGGUGAAGAGAGGGGUUUUGAGAUGAAGAACGGCGGAGAAAGAAGUAUGAGAGAGCAGGGGCAUGGGCAUGACGCUCCUUACAAGUUUACCUUGUGA